CAUAUUAUUUUAGGUGGCGCUGUAGUAAUACACGUGGUAAUGGUUGGCGGGUUUUUAUAACCGUUUGAAUCAAUAUGCAUUAAAUUUAAGUUUAAAUUGCGGUUGAAUUGUUCAGUUAGUUUAAAUACACAUUCUUCUAUGAAUUACUGUCGUUAAUUAUACAGUUUUGGUUUAAAUUGGGUAAAAGUAUACUUUAAAAACAUGCCAAAAUUGUAGAAUCUUUAGUUCUAUGUUCGAUUUCAUAUGUUUAAAGUUGUUUGUAAUUUAAAAUUGCCAAGUUUAUUGAGAAUGUUAACAAGAUCAAAUAAAAAAUCAACAGAAUCAAAUGAUGAAAAGAAUUUUGAAUCAGUUAGUAAAAAUUUGACUUUAGAGAAGAAUAGUCGGAAAAGUAAAGCAAAAAAAAGAAAGCACAUUAGCAUUACUUGCGACAAACAAGACAAUAAGAUUGAAAGAUGGGAACCACCUUCUUGGAAAGAUGUUCUAAAGAAUAUACAAGAGAUGAGAAAGAAUCGCAAUGCACCAGUUGAUAGCAUGGGUGCUGAAAGAUGUGGAGAUGAAGAUGCUCCAGAUUGUGUUUAUCGCUAUCAGACAUUAAUAUCCUUGAUGCUUUCAAGUCAAACCAAAGAUGAUGUUACAUAUGCAGCAAUGACACGCCUGAAAGAACACGGAUUGACAGUAGAAAAUAUUUUAAAGACAAAUGAUAAGAAGUUGGGAGAACUCAUAUAUCCUGUAGGAUUUUGGAAGAGGAAAGUAGAAUAUAUCCGUAAAACAACCAAAAUACUGUCAGAAAAAUAUAAUGGAGACAUCCCAGACACAUUGAAAGAGUUAUGUCUGCUUCCAGGCGUUGGACCAAAAAUGGCACAUCUGGCAAUGUCGAUUGCUUGGAAGAAAACAGUGGGUAUAUCAGUAGACACCCACGUUCACAGAAUUGCCAACCGGCUGCAUUGGGUUGGAAAACAGACUUCCACACCUGAAGAUACUCGUGUUCAGCUAGAAAGUUGGUUACCUAGUUCGAUGUGCUCUGCUCCUGGAUUUUUCCUGCGGUUCAACAACGGAAACUUGGUCGUCGUUCUGGAAGAAGUUUUCACCAUCCCAUCCUGGCAAGUUUCGCCAAGUUAACCUGCUACAAGAAUCACCCCUUCAAGUUGUGCUGUGUGCCCCGCAGCCUACGUUUUCCUCAUCAUCUUCGCCAGAAGGAGAGAAGAUCGUCGAAAAGACUGAACUUUAUUUACAAACUGAUUCACUCUGCGGAUAGGCCUUAUGCCGAAGUAAAACAGUAGUUGUAAGUGAAAUUUUUAUAUUUAAUAAACAGUUUGCGAUGGAAGACCUGUCUCAAUAAGUUUUUCCACUCCCAUGCGACAGUGCUCACCGCUCGAUUGUCGCGACACA